AUGCCAGACCCUUCUUUCAAAUCCGAAGAGUCAAGAUUUUCAACUCAUCCGAGCAUAGACCUUCUUAGUUCUGGCAAAAGAGCAGAAUCAAAACCCAAAGAAUCAAAACCCAUAAGCCAUGUGAUGAGAGAGAACAUAAUGCCUAGUUCCACAGUGACAAGGACUUAUGUGUUGCCACAACCACCAGUGGUGGAGGAUGCUAAGGAGAACGUGGCCGUGGGCGGUGGUGAUCGGAUUGUUGGGUUUUCAUGUCCAAGAAAGGCUAAUAUGUCGAGUACUGUGGCGAGAAAGCUCUCAAUGGGAAGCUCAGUAGUGCCACAGACAGAGCCAAGAGAGAUUGGAGGGACUAACAAGGAGAAUGUGCAAGAAUUGGAUACUAUUUCAGAGAAACCGGGUGUUGGUAAUAGAAUUCUUGUUUUUUUGUGA